AUGCUAACAAUUAAAUAUGAAAUUAAAUCAAUACAUGAGAAAUUAGAUAUAAUUAUUCAGAGAGACGAAGAAAAUACUUUGACAAAAACUAAAGAAUCUCAACUCUUAUACGACACUUGUUUUAUAGAUGAUAAAUUGCCUAUUAAAAGCCAGGAAAAUCUACAAGAAUUUGAAAAUGAGUUAUCUAUUGAUAAAAAUUAUCGGCAUCAGUUGGUCAAACGUUUAUCAUCUGUUGGUGGAAAAUCCAUUAAAAUUAUGGUAAAACGAAUAAUGACUCUAAUGUUUACACCUGAAUUGCUAUGCAAAUUUUCAUAUAACGGACGCGGAAAUAAAAAAUGCUCGUUUGAUAAAUUACUUGUGAAUAAAAUUAUUUUUGAAUCUGUGAAAACUAUUAAAAAAUUUGCUGCAUCCGAUAAUUCAACCAACGAAAUUGAACAGGUUAUAAAAUAUGUGCUAAUUCAAACGCCAUUUAAAAUUAAAGAUAAGAUAGUUCAAUAA